CAUUGGGCAUAAAACGUCACUCAUGAGCGCAAACGCGAGCCCAAGGCUUCUUGACACGAAAAAACUAUACCCAACUCUGAUUCUCUAGCAGACGCAGAACAGAGCUUAACCGGCGGCCUCUGCUGCGUCGUCGUUUUCCUCUUCCCUGCUUUAUGGUGGUUAUUGAAUUGGCGGCAUGGAUCCACAAAGCCUUGGCAACCAUCCACAACUGAAACCACCAGUAGUAUUAGCUGGAACAGCAAAGGAAGGUGGUGCUGGACCACCUAUUGGUCUAAUUGACAUAGGUGUUAGUGAAGCAGCGUACCUUUUCCGGGUUGCACUGCCUGGCAUCCGGAAGAAUGAAUGUGGGGUAAAAUGCGAGAUCCAACGUGAUGGGACUAUUCAUGUACGAGGAGUAGUAACGCCUGAUGCUGGAUUUUUGAGAGACUCAUUGAAUGUGUUCCAGUUGAGAGUCCAACAACUGAGCCCACCUGGACCAUUUACUAUUUCCUUCAAAUUGCCUGGACCUGUUGACCCUCGACUCUUCUGUCCUAAUUUCCGGGGUGAUGGUAUCCUGGAAGGGAUGGUUAUGAAAGAGAGAGUACCAGUUAUUCAUGUGGAUGGUUGAAUCCUGCCUUCAUGAGUUUUUAUUCAGGAGCUUAAUUGCAUAUAAUCCUAAAUGCAUGUAAAUAUACAAAGACAGGAGAACACAGGUGAAGUUUAUGCUGAAGUAAGGGCAUACUGCGGACUGCCUUGUUGAUGCAUAUUUUCCUUCUUUUUUUUUUUUGGAUAAAUAGUGUUGUUGUGUUUUUAUCCAAUAGAUCUAGGUUUUUCGGUGCAGCUAAUCCUUUUCUUAAUUCCAUUUAACUUAGUUUCUAAA